AUGGAACGGAUAUUGCGCUCAACGCUCGCCCUGCUGGCAUUUCGCACCUUGCUGGUUACUGCGUCUGAAGCGAUUAAAACCGAGCAGGAACUCGUGCAAAUUUUUAUGAACCAAGAAGAUGUGCAUUCCUCUGAAGAAUUGCAUCGCAUAAUCGGGCCCCUGAAGGAAAUUCCAGAUUAUCGGCACUGGAAUUACGAUGAAUUGACGCAAUAUCUAAAAGGCCUGAAUAAGCAAUUCCCGAAUCUGACGCAUUUGUACAGCGCGGGCCGUUCGGUCGAGGGAAGGGAGCUGUGGGUGUUCUGCAUAUCGAAAAGCCCGAACCGGCAUGCCUUUGUGGAUACCACUCGAAUCCAUUUAAUGCCGUCAAUGAACCCAGAUGGAUAUGAGGAAUCGGUUGAAGGGGCGGAUACUGGCAAAAGAGGACGAGAAAAUGCGAAUCGCAAGGAUUUAAAUAGGAAUUUCCCGACGAGGUUUCCCAAUUAUUUCCCUUCUCAAAACCCAGAGCCCGAGACAUUGGCCAUGAUGAGUUGGUCGAAAAGCUUGCCAUUUGUCUUAUCAGCGAAUUUACAUGGAGGUUCUAUGCUCGUAAAUUAUCCAUUUGAUGAUGCUCCAACCAGGGUGAAAGAUAGUAAAUAUACACCAUCGCCGGAUAAUGCGUUAUUCGUACGGCUGGCAUAUUCGUACGCCAAGGCGCAUGAUCGGAUGUGGAAACAGGGCCCACGAUGCAUCGACGAGGAAUUAAAUUCACCUGGUGACCCAAAGUACGGUAUUGUAAAUGGAGCGGAAUGGUAUAUUGUAUCUGGUGGAAUGCAGGAUUGGAAUUACGUCCACACGAAUUGCUUUGAAGUAACCGUGGAGACGAACUGUGCGAAAUUCCCGAAAAAAGAGGAGAUGAGAUGGUUGUGGAAGGAAAAUAAUUACGCCAUGCUUCACUAUAUCUCAUUAGUGCACAAUGCCAUCUCGGGUUUCAUUUACGAUAUGGAAACUGGACAAGGCAUCCCAAAUGCUACCGUAUCGAUCGACUUCCGUAGCAAAAUUAUUACAUCUUAUGAGGGCGGAGAAUUCUGGAGACUUGCUAAUAUUGGAGACUAUGAGGUCACGUUCGAUCACCCUGAAUAUAUACCAGUUACCCGAAAAGUUUCAUUAACAAAAGAGAAGCGUUCGGCUAGAUUAGAGGUCGGCCUAGCUCGAAUACCAUCCGAAUAUGCGCACGAUGGCCCUGAACUUCGGAGUUAUGAUGACAUGACACGAUUCCUCUACUUUAUUGACGUAUUCAAG